AUGAUUGGAAGCUUUGGAAGCAACUCAUUGGCAAAGAAACUGAGUCAUCCCAAUGCUGCAAAGUUUCACAUUCGGGGAAUUGAACCAGAGUUAGAGCAACAGCUAGAUAGGAUUUUCAUGAACAUUGUUGCUACAGAAGAGUAUGCUUGGACACCUUCGUCUGGAAUAAUUCCAUUUGAGUCUGAAAAAACCUUUAAUGAUAACAGAACCUUAUAUGAACAACUUGGGAGUAGUGAUGAUGAGCCAGAGAUGGCUAAUAUUGAUAGAAUGUCUGAAGAGGGAAAUAACAAGAGAUCAACUGAGCUACUUGAGAAACAAAAUAAAAAAGUGAAAAAGAAAAAGGGAAAAUGA